AUGGGCUUGCUGCGGGGCCUCCUCCAGGCCAAGAACCUGCUGCUGGUCAUCUGCGUCCCGCUCCUGCUGCUGCCCCUGCCCGUCCUCCACCCCAGCAGCGAGGCUGCGUGUGCUUACGUGUUGAUCGUGACUGCUGUGUACUGGGUGUCUGAAGCGGUGCCUCUUGGAGCUGCAGCCCUGGUCCCUGCCUUCCUCUACCCAUUCUUUGGAGUCCUCCGAUCCAGUGAGGUGGCGGCCGAGUACUUCAAGAACACCACGCUGCUGCUGGUGGGGGUCAUCUGCGUGGCGGCCGCCGUGGAGAAAUGGAACCUGCACAAGCGCAUUGCCCUGCGCAUGGUCCUGAUGGCCGGAGCCAAGCCGGGCAUGCUGCUGCUCUGCUUCAUGUGCUGUACCACGCUGCUGUCCAUGUGGCUCUCCAACACCUCCACCACCGCCAUGGUCAUGCCCAUCGUGGAGGCUGUGCUGCAGGAGCUGGUCAGUGCUGAGGAGGAGCAGCUCGUGGCGGGCAACUCCAGCGCCGAAGAGGCCGAGCCCAUCAGUCUUGAUGUAAACAACAGCCAACCUUCGCUGGAACUCAUCUUUGUGAAUGAAGACCCUUCAACAGCAGACUUAACUUCCCUGGUGCACAACAAGAACCUGAAUGGAGUGCCCAUGAUCACCAACCCUCUCAAAACAGCAAACCAACGCCAGGGCAAGAAGCAGCACCCAUCCCAGGAAAAGCCAUUGGUCCCGACUGCCAGCCCCAGGAACCAGGAGCUGAACAGAAAGUACAGGUCCCAGCAUGACCAGAUGAUCUGCAAGUGCCUCUCUCUGAGCAUAUCUUACGCUGCUACCAUUGGCGGCCUGACCACCAUCAUUGGCACCUCCACCAGCCUCAUCUUCCUGGAACACUUCAACAACCAGUAUCCAGCUGCAGAGGUGGUGAACUUCGGCACCUGGUUCCUCUUCAGCUUCCCCAUUGCCCUCAUCAUGCUGGUGGUCAGCUGGUUCUGGAUGCACUGGCUGUUCCUGGGCUGCAAUUUUAAAGAGACCUGCUCUCUGAGCAAGAAGAAGAAGACCAAAAGGGAAGAGUUGUCAGAGAAGAGGAUCCAAGAGGAAUAUGAAAAGCUGGGGGACAUUAGCUAUCCUGAAAUGGUGACUGGAUUUUUCUUCAUCCUGAUGACUGUGCUGUGGUUUACCAGGGAGCCUGGCUUUGUCCCUGGCUGGGAUUCUUUCUUUGAAAAGAAAGGCUACCGCACCGAUGCCACGGUCUCUGUCUUCCUUGGCUUCCUCCUCUUCCUCAUUCCAGCGAAGAAGCCCUGCUUUGGGAAAAAGAAUGAUGGGGGAAACCGGGAGCCUUCCCUAGAGAUGGAGCCGAUCAUCACAUGGAAGGACUUCCAGAAGACCAUGCCCUGGGAGAUUGUCAUUCUGGUGGGAGGAGGCUAUGCUCUGGCUUCUGGUAGCAAGAGCUCUGGGCUAUCCACGUGGAUUGGGCACCAGAUGUUGUCCCUGAGUAGUCUCCCGCCAUGGGCUGUCACCCUGCUGGCAUGCAUCCUGGUGUCCAUUGUCACAGAGUUUGUGAGCAACCCAGCCACCAUCACCAUCUUCCUGCCCAUCCUGUGCAGCCUGUCUGAAACGCUGCACAUUAACCCACUCUACACGCUGAUCCCAGUCACCAUGUGCAUCUCCUUUGCAGUUAUGCUGCCUGUGGGCAAUCCCCCCAACGCCAUCGUCUUCAGCUAUGGGCACUGCCAGAUCAAAGAUAUGGUGAAAGCUGGCCUGGGGGUCAAUGUCAUUGGCCUGGUGAUAGUGAUGGUGGCCAUCAACACCUGGGGAGUUAGCCUCUUUCACCUGGACACUUUUCCAGCCUGGGCCAAGGUCAGUAAUAUCACUGACCAGGCCUAA